AUGAUAGGAACGAAUGAAACGACCGUAGAAUAUGAAGACGCUGACGACCCGGAUGCAGUCACUCUCCUAUCGAUACUACUAGUCGGUAUAUUUCUAUCUCUCCUCAUAUUUGUGAGUGCGGCGGGUAAUAUUCUUGUCUGCAUCGCGAUAUACACCGAUCGGGGAUUGAGAAGAAUUGGGAACUUAUUUCUUGCCUCGUUGGCAAUCGCUGAUAUGUUGGUAGCCGCUGCUGUUAUGACAUUCGCCGGUGUUAACGACUUGCUUGGGUACUGGGUAUUUGGCGAACAAUUCUGUGAUACGUGGGUGGCGUGUGACGUCAUGUGCUCCACUGCGUCCAUACUUAACCUCUGCGCCAUAUCACUUGAUAGAUAUAUUCAUAUUAAGGACCCUUUGAGAUACGGCCGUUGGGUAACGCGUAAAGUGGCAAUCAUUACCAUAAUUCUAAUAUGGUUGCUAGCCGUGAUGGUCAGUUUUCUACCCAUAUCCUUGGGAUUGCAUAGACCGCCUGAUGAGACUGUGACGACAACUGAAAGCCCCCCGCAAUACCCCACGUGUGCCCUGGUUUUAACACCCACCUACGCUGUGGUGUCAAGCUGUAUAUCUUUUAUCCUGCCGUGCAUCGUGAUGAUCAGUAUAUACUGCAGAUUAUACUGCUACGCCCAAAAGCACGUGAAAUCAAUCCGAGCGGUUACUCGGACGGUCCAGCUACCGGAUAACCGGACAAAGUCCGUCCGCACCCGGGUACAUACACACGUACAUUCUUCCCCAUAUCACGUGUCAGAUCAUAAGGCAGCCAUCACUGUUGGUAUCAUUAUGGGAGUUUUUCUACUUUGCUGGGUCCCCUUCUUCUGUGUUAAUAUCGUUGCUGCGUUCUGCAAGACAUGCAUACCAGAUCUUGCUUUUAAAAUCCUAACGUGGCUCGGUUACUCUAACUCAGCAUUCAACCCAAUCAUCUACUCAAUAUUCAACACAGAAUUCCGGGAGGCCUUUAAAAAGAUCCUAACCUCAAGAUAUCCGCCAUGUUGUGGCUAUCAAACGGUUCGCGCCAACACACCUACGAGAAAUGACAACUUCGUCACAGACUAUGGAACUAAGACACUCGUCGUAAGACGCAGUGGUUCUCUAGGACUUUCUGGGGUUGACCCAACACCUAGAUCUUCUGCGGAGUCAGUCAAGCCCCUACGAGAAUACCACAUUUGA